AUGCGCGUUAUGGAGCGCACUUUCCGAGAGCAGCUCUUCUUUCUGGUGUUGUGUCUGUCUGUCCUCAAGGGAGACUCCAGAUAUAUUGAGAACAACGAGAUCUCAAAAGAUGAAUUAUAUUCAUUUUUUAACUCGGAGCUGAAGAGAGAAAUACCUGAGGAAUUAAUGUACCGUCGACCUUUACGUUGUCUGGACAUGGUUGCAGUGGAGGGUCAGUUCACCUUCACAGCGGAGCGUCCUCAGCUCAGCUGUGCUGCUUUCUUCAUGGCAGAGCCCAACGAAGUGAUCAGUGUGGAAUAUGACAGUGUUGACAUCGACUGCAAGGCAGGGGACUUCAUCACGGUGUUUGACGGCUGGGUGAUGAAAGGAGAGAAAUUCCCCAGCUCCCAGGAUCACCCACUGCCUCUGUACGAGCGAUAUGUGGAUUACUGCGACUCGGGAUCAGUGAGGAGAAGCGUGCGCUCCUCUCAGAACGUGGCCAUGGUCUUCUUCCGCAUUCACAAUGCUGGCAGCAGCUUCACCCUGACAUUCAGGAAACACAUCAAUCCUUUCCCCUGUAAUGUCAUCUCCCAGUCACCAGAGGGCACUUACACAAUGGUGAUCCCGCAGCAGCACAGGAACUGCAGCUUCUCCAUCAUCUACCCAGUGGAGAUCGACGUCUCUGAGUUCACCCUGGGGCACUUCAACAACUUUCCCAAGAGGUCCAUGCCUGCUUGUGCAGAAUCAGGAGAUUUUGUGCAGUUGCUUGGAGGAAAUGGCAUCGACACGUCAAAGCUGCUGCCCAUCACAGACCUCUGCAUCUCCUUCACCGGACCCACCCACAUGAAGAUCGGCUGUGACAACACAGUGGUGAGGAUGGUGUCCAGUGGGAGGUUUGUGAGCCGUGUGUCUUUUAGCUACAGGCUAUUGGACAGCCAGGAACUGCAGACCAUCAAACUCAACAAUGUAGAGGAUUUCUGUUUCAAUAACUGAUCCCAGCUGGAUCCUAAAGUGACAAAUGUAUCAUUUGACUGCAAACAUUUUUAAAAUUAUUUUACUAAAAGCAAGAGAUCCACCUGCUCGGUCCCUCUGAUUAGAUGAAAUGUCUUAAAAACAAGAUAUAUACAUUCACAGUUAUAUUAUGAUAUUACAAACUCCAGACUUUCAAUUAUUUUGUCUAUUUUUUAUAAUUUCUUUCCAUCUUUUUUUCACUCAUUCUGGUUGUUGCUGAAUAAAGCUUAAUGAAGUGUCCUUUGUGUUUGGUGGAACUGCUAUUGUUUUAUUUUUGCUUUGUGUACAAU